AUGGCUACGAACCACCAGAAUCUACAAGAACAGAAGGCUGCUCUUCGCAAAGCCAUCCGAGAAAAAUUGAACAAGCUCUCUACGGAUGAGAUCACACGCCAAUCGACCGUCAUCACGAAUCGUGUAUUGCAAAGUUCAACAUAUCAAAAUGCUCAAUCAUUAGCAAUAUUUCUGUCCAUGCCGGGAAGAGAAGUGUCGACACGUGAUAUAGUUUUACAAGCCUUCAAGGAUGGGAAGGAGGUCUUCAUUCCCUUUCUUCACACAGAAGGCACUUCGAAAUCCAAGAUCAUGUCCAUGAUGCAAUUGCAAGACGAGAAGGACUUCAAUUCCCUCAAGCCAGACGCUUGGGGUAUUCCUUCGCUUUCACCAGAGUCAAUACAACACAGACGGAAUGCUCUUGGGGGAGAAGGUGUUUUGAACGGAGCCGUAGAUAGGCAGGAGGGAUAUCCUAAGCUCCAGUUGAUAUUUAUGCCAGCUGUGGCUUUUGACCAGUCCCGUCAACGACUGGGUCAUGGCAAAGGUUUCUAUGACCGCUACCUCGAAACAUAUAAAACGACUCUGGAGUCUCGCCAUUCUAGCGGUCGGAUGCCAACCCUCGUUGGUCUGGCGCUUCUGCCACAGAUUCUGCCUGUGGGUGAAAAUAUUCCCGUCAACGACAACGACUGGCGUAUCGAUCAAGUGAUUACGGCAGAUCCUGAGAAUGAGUAG